AAAUAAAUCAGUUUUCGUUUACUAAUCGCAUGUUAGACAUUGGAACUAGAAAGCUUAAUAGUUGGAGCAAUUUUCAAACUAUGGCGGAUGGAAGACGCGGUACCCCAAAAUGUAGCCCAGAGGUUCGUAUUGGGAACUACAUAAUCGGAGAAACACUUGGUGUCGGAACUUUCGGAAAAGUCAAAGUUGGAAUUCAUAAAUCUACCGGUGUGCAAGUUGCUGUAAAGAUAGUGAACAGGGAUAAAAUCAAAGCUCUCGAUGUCGCCGGCAAACUACGUCGCGAAAUCCUCAAUCUUUGGCUUUUCCGACAUCCCCACAUCAUCAAGUUGUAUCAAGUCAUUAGUACUCCAACUGACAUAUUUAUGAUAAUGGAGUAUGUCAGUGGAGGGGAAUUAUUCGAUUACAUAGUGAAGUCUGGAAGACUCUCUGAGAAAGACGCUAGAAAGUUUUUUCAGCAAAUAAUUUCCGGAGUCGCCUACUGUCAUCGUCAUAAGGUUGUACAUAGAGAUUUAAAGCCAGAAAAUUUGUUGCUGGACUCAAACCAGAACGUAAAGAUUGCUGACUUUGGAUUGUCCAAUAUAAUGCAAGAUGGUGAGUUUCUACGUACUUCUUGUGGAUCCCCAAACUAUGCUGCCCCUGAAGUAAUAUCUGGGAAGUUAUAUGCUGGUCCGGAAGUAGAUGUAUGGUCCUGUGGAGUAAUUUUGUAUGCAUUGCUAUGUGGCACACUUCCUUUUGAUGAUGAACAUAUACCUACACUUUUUAAAAAAAUCAAAGCAGGCUAUUUCCAUUUGCCAGAAACUUUGAGUUCAGGUGUCAGGGAUCUUCUUCGAAGAAUGAUAACUGUGGACCCGAUCAAGCGUGCAACCAUAGAAGAAAUCAGACGACAUCCGUGGUUCUCAGUUGAUCUUCCUAGUCAUCUUUUCCCUCAAGAACGCGAUGAAGAUGCGUCAAUAAUUGACAAGGAAGCAGUUUAUGAAGUUUGUCAAGCGUGCAAUGCAACAGAACGUGAAGUUUUCGCUGCCUUACUAAACAAUGAUCCUAGUGAUCAAUUGUCAGUUGCUUAUCAUCUUAUCAUAGACAAUAAACGUUUCGGAUCAGUUUUAAAUCCAGAAGAAGUGAAUAAUUUUUAUGUUGCCACUGGGAUUGAUUCAUCAACCUCAUCAGUAGCAGCAACAACGCCAAAUACAUCGAAUAGUCCACCCAGUGGUGGUACAUUGACUCAUUCUCAGCCUGGUGGUGGUCGAAGUCAAUCAUUAAGUCCAAAUUAUGGUAACAAUACUGGCAUGAUUGGAUUAAAAGGUAGAGGUAUUUCUCCAACACGACCUCAUCCAGAAAGAAUGCCUGAUGGACCACCGUUAUCGAGAACAUUAGAUCCAAUGGGGGAUUCGUUGACACCUGGAUCAAUUGUUACAGGUGAUUUGAAUUGUCCAAGUCAAAUUUCUUCUCAAGCACAAUCAGCUAUUACAUCGGGAGCUGCAGCGGCCAGUGGAAUGAAACGUUUUAAAUGGCAUUUAGGUAUACGUUCUCAAUCAAGACCAUGGGAUAUUAUGCAUGAAGUAUUUAAAGCAAUGAAUUCACUUGGUUAUGAAUGGAAAGUUGUUAAUCCGUUUAAUGUACGUGUAAGAAAAUGGAAUCCAAUACUACAGCAUUAUUCUCGACUUGUAUUACAACUUUAUCAGGUCGAUGCAAGAUCAUAUCUCCUCGAUUUUAAGUGUAUCGAUGAAAGUCAAUUAGAAUCUGAAACAGCGAUGGGUAGACUACGUUCAAACAAUAUGUCAGUAUGCCUUGAUGCUUGUAGUGGAACUCCUCCAGCUGCUAUGGGUACUUCAACAUGUAGUAGAGAUGGUAGUUUUUCCGGUAGCACUGGAUCUGCUAGUCCAACCAAUUGCUACGAUGGUCCAAAUACAACUGAAUUUUCUCGAUCGUUUUCAGCUAAUUGUCAAGAAGUACCGAUUAACCGAAGAACUAAACGACACCAAACAAUGGAAUUUUUUGAAAUGUGUACUGAACUUAUUACUACAUUGGCUCGAUGAUUUACUAUAGUAGUGUUUAAGCGCAGAUUCCGCAAGAUUCAAAAAUUAAUCACUGUACACAAGGACGAUAAAUACUACUACUACUACUA